AUGUCACUGCUGUACAGAUUUAAAGAAAAACCAGGAGACCUGAUCGAGAUCUCCCGGGAUGGGCCCUAUCAGCACUGGUAUUUCAUGAUGGAACCUUCCUCCUUUCCUCUUUCUUUUCCUCCCUGUCAGUUAUCUGGCUCGUCUGGGCUUCUGAGCAACAGCAACGGUAAGGUGGUGCAAGAGAAGCUUACCGACGUGGUCAGAGAUGACCAUUACCAGGUCAAGAAUCAGCUGGAUGAAAAGUACAAGGCUCGGGAUCCCUCUGUCAUAGUGAAGGAGGCCUGUGCAAUGGUGGGCAGUGAGCCACAGUACAACGUUGUCACUAACAACUGUGAGCACUUUGCCAACAAGAUGCGAUACGGCAAGGCAGAGUCUCUACAGGUGUGUAUCUAACUGUUGUGUUUGUUAACCUCGUUAACUCUUCCACAGCAGAAUUAGUGUGUAGAUGUUGUGUUUGUUAAAAGGUG